AUGAGUGCCCACACCCUCUUGCACGACGCCGUGCUCCGAGCAGCCACCCGGCAAAACCUUGCAGUUGGAACGGCCGGAUUGAAUGCCGAGAAUGACGACUCGGUGCUCACUCGCGUCCACAGCCCGCUCACCUCGCCACCCACCCAAUCGCCCCCGUCAGAAUCCCCCAUCCCCAGCACACCCACCACGCCCACCAAGAGCAGCGGCCGCAACCAAUCCAGGGUCGGCCUUCGUCAGAAACGCGAGGCAGCUGCUAAGGCUAAACAGAACUCCAGAGACCCCCUUUGCAGGCUGCCCAUCGAUGUCGCCGUCCGUGUCUUCACUCUUGUCGGUCUCGGCGCUGAUGGCUGUGGUGGUCAUCUCGAUGGAUCAACCUUCUCGGCUGUCAAAGACCUCCUCAACUGCGCCUUGGUUUGCCAAAAAUGGCGCACAAGCUCUGUCAUCAAUUAUGUAUGGUUCAAGCUAGCCCACCAGACCUCAUACAGCCAAUCGAUCGAAGAAGAGUUCCAACCACUCACCUGGACACGGAAAGACUCGCGGACGAACUGGAGCGAGGCGUACAAAGAGCUCAACCAGGUCAAGCCCUCGCAGCCCACGAUGGACAUGGAUGUCGACGCUCUUGAAGACAGCGGACCGAGCCAGAAAGAAUUGCGAGAGGCCGCCUGGCACGCCGAAGAUAACCACAUCAUGUCGAAGAACGAGGCUCGGGCGUUUUAUAAGGACUUGGGCGGGAGGAAACUUCAGGAUAAGACCGGCAAGGGAUUGGGUACCGAUCGGACCGGAUGGCAAGAUCAAGAAAUCUACGACUGA